UCGAUUACAUUAUACUGAAACAGGGCCCGGCCCCUAACGAAACAGAUCCACAAGACUCGUGAAGUGAGAUUUUCUCAUUUUACCAUUGAUAAAGCCUAUUCUUUAUCAAUUCGAACACAAUGGCAGACGACGAAUUGGAGGCUAUCAGGCGGCAACGCAUGGCCGAACUGCAGUCAAAACAUGGGAGUCUGUCUUGGAACCAAAUGAAUCCGGGGGACUCUUCAAAUGACCAGCAAGGGCAGCAGGAGGCCAAACAGAGGGAAACAGAGAUGAGGAACUCCAUGCUGGCUCAGGUUCUAGACCAGUCCGCCCGCGCCAGAUUGAGUAACUUGGCUCUGGUGAAGCCAGAGAAGGCCAAAGCAGUGGAGAAUUACCUCAUACAGAUGGCCCGCAUGGGCCAGCUGGGAGGAAAGAUUUCAGAGACUGGUUUGAUCGACAUCUUAGAAAAAGUUAGUCAGCAAACAGAAAAAAAGACAACUGUCAAGUUCAACCGACGAAAGGUGAUGGACUCAGAUGAUGAUGAGGAGGAUGAUUGAUGCGUUGAAAGGAGCCCAGGAGCCAGUUAGACGGCUGGCUUAGUGCGGGAUUCAGGACAUAGGUUAGAGCAGGGCUCUGUUUGUUGGCGGCCAUCUUUGACUUGCCAAAGGCCCUGCAUUAGUGAUGCACCCUGGGAUACCACAUCAGCCCCUGUGUGCAUCUGGAACUCGUUACUAUAUUCUCUCUUAUAUUAAUUUUCACCACGUUUUACUUUUUCUCCACCACAAGAAGCAGAACAAAAUGCAACUUAGGGUAUAUUCCUGCUGUUGCAUUUUUCAAGACUGCUUUGUGAAUACUGUCUGUGUGCUGCUACUCAGCAAUAGUGAAACCAUCAAACUGGACAGAGCACAUGGGUAUAGUCAUUGUUUUUUAAUUCAUUUUUGCUGACCUGUAUCUUCAACAGUUUUACAUUUAAAAAAUAAAAAAGCCUUACAUUUGAA